GAGAGAGAGAGAGGGAGAGACACGGGGGGGACAAAAUGCAGAGGCUGCACUAUAGCGGGGAGCCCGUGGCCGACGCUGUCUCCACCGACAUCCAGACCCUCAACAAAUUCUCCGACCAGCAAUUUGCAGCAUUGACAGAAAUACUCUUUCGCUUUGUUACAGAACCUACGGAGUCAGAGCGGUUACUGAACGAGCUCGGUGAAUUUGCCUCACAAAAUGGAAUGAGCUUGGGCCCAUUGAAGAACAUUGUGAAAAGUGCCCUGUUGGUUCCUAAUGGUGCCUUGAAAAGAAAUUUGACAGCUGAACAUGUCAAAGCUGAUUUCAUUGCUCUGGGACUCAGUGAGGAGAAGGCGGGAUGCUUUGCAGAUCAGUGGAAAUUGCAUUCUGUGGCGCUGUCAAGACAGGCACUGGGACAAACGAUCACCGUCAAUCAGUUGGUGGAUAUGGAGUGGAAAUUUGGAGUAACUGCAGGAAGCAGUGAACUACAAAAAGUUGGGGGCAUAUUUUUACAGUUAAAGCUAGUUAUCAAGAAGGGGAACAAAAGUGAAAUUAUUUACAUGGAGUUGACUUUGCCACAAUUCUACAACUUCUUGCAUGAAAUGGAACAAGCCAAGACUAGCCUUGAAUGUUUUGGUUAAAUUGCUGCUUGUUUUUGCAUCAAAUUAUUGAGAGAAAAUUCCUGUGGACUUGUCCAGAAAUUGCGUGAACAUUGAGAGUUUGCAAAACAUUGGCUUGGUUACCUGGUGAAGCUCCAGAGGAUGUCCCUACUGUUCUGUCAACUACUUGUUAGCCUGGUUUAAUUAAAUCUUUUGUUUUCUGCCUUGUUUGAAAAUGAUAGCGGUGUAAAUAAAGGUUAACGUUGAAGCGUU